AUGUCUUACUCACCACCUAGCUCAGCCAAGCCAUUCACACUCAAUGUCUCCGACCAAGAUCUCUCAGAAUGGCGCCAACUGCUCCAGCUCUCGAAACUUCCUCCUACUACGUAUGAAAACACCCAAACCAAGGAGAAUUUUGGUGUAACCAAAGAAUGGAUGUCCAACGCAAAGGACUACUGGCUCAACAAGUACGACUGGCGCGCUCAGGAGAAACACAUCAAUUCCUUCGACAAUUUCAGGAUGCAGAUCGACAGCGUCGAUGUGCAUUUUGUUGCCUUGUUUUCUGAAAAUAAGGAUGCCGUCCCCAUUAUCUUAAUGCACGGCUGGCCCGGAAGCUUUAUCGAGUUCCUGCCAAUGCUGGAGCUGGUCAAGAAGCAGUAUGAGAAGAAGAACCUGCCGUACCAUCUCAUUGUCCCGUCGCUGCCAGGAUACACCCUGAGCUGCGGACUUCCUACAGAUAAGGAUUGGACCCUUGAAGACAGUGCAAUCAUCAUGCAUAAGCUCAUGAUGAACCUUGGUUUCGAGAGGUAUCUUGCUCAGGGAGGAGAUGUCGGAAGCUUCGUAGCCAAAUGCUUGGCCAAUGAACAGGAUGCAUGCGUUGGUAUACACUUGAACAUGUUCAUGAACUAUGAUUCGCUUGAUCAAGACAAGCUCACCGCCUUUGAGAAGGAGCGUCUAGGAAUGUUAAAGCACUGGGAAGAGGACGGAAUGGCAUAUGCUAAGGAGCACGGCACUCGUCCUAGCACGAUCGGCCACGCACUCUCUUCAAGUCCUCUUGCUCUCCUAGCAUGGCUAACAUGGCUGUCAAGGAUUGGCGAAAAGUUCCUCGAUUGGACCGACCCUAAAACGACCCCUGGCCUCGACGAUAUUCUGACCAACAUUUCGCUCUACUGGUUUACAUCCGGCUAUCCGACCUCCCUCUAUCCUUACCGUGCCUUAACCAAGUCACCGUCAAUCUUCGGUGGUGUAAAAAAACCUACUGGCGCAUCAUGGUUCCCGUAUGAAAUGGCUCCGAUGAUUAAGCACGUAAUGGAGGAGCAAUGCGAACUUGUUUUCUUCAAACAGCAGGGGAAGGGCGGGCAUUUCGCGGCGUUGGAGUGUCCAAAGGAGAUGUGGGAAGACCUUGAGGAGUUUGUUCCGAAGGUUUGGAAGGCGUGA